CCUAUACAAAAAAUAGCGCCUUGGCGAGAUUUGUUUUUAGCUUAGCUGAUGCACGCGAGUGAAUUGUAACCGAGAAAAGAGAAAUAAGUUUAAGCUUCUGUCUGUGGAAAUUGUUUAUUAUUACAACAUUCUCGCGAACGCCCUCCACCUCCCCACUUUUCUGAAGCACACUUGCUGCAAUGCCGGUGCACCGUGACCGGGAAAAGAAGGAUACCACAGCAGAGGAGAUGGAGUUGGAGGAGCAGGAACAAGAGGCGUCCAGCUCAGAGGAGGAGGAUUCUGACACCUCCUCUGUCUCCGAGGAUGGAGACAGCUCUGAAAUGGAUGAGGAGGACUGUGAGCGGAGGAGGAUUGAGUGUCUGGAUGAAAUGUGCAAUCUGGAGAAACAGUUCACAGAUCUCAAAGACCAGCUGUAUCGUGAACGUCUCAGUCAGGUGAACAGCAAGCUUGCGGAGGUAGAGGCCGGCCGGGCAGCAGAGUAUCUGGAACCUCUGGCAGUACUGCUGGAGAACAUGCAGGUCCGCACCAAGGUGGCAGGUAUCUACAGAGAGUUGUGUCUGGAGUCUGUGAAGAACAAGUACGAGUGUGAGACCCAGGCGGCAAGCCAACACUGGGAGAGUGAGAAGCUGCUGCUGUUUGAUACAGUACAGAGUGAACUGGAGGAGAAAAUUAGAAGACUUGAGGAAGACAGACACAGCAUAGAUAUUACAUCAGAGCUGUGGAACGAUGAGGUAACAGGAAGGAAGAAGAGGCAAGAUGCUUUGAGUCCAGAUAAGAAAAGGAGAAGACCUUCAGUGGUGUCUGGCCCGUAUAUUGUUUAUAUGCUGCCUGACUUGGACAUCCUUGAGGACUGGACAGCUAUUAGAAAGGCCGUGGCGACACUGGGUCCCCACCGAGGGAAAUCUGAUUCUGACAGCUCCGCGUUCCCAUUCAGACACGACAGGAACAGACCUAUUCUCAACUGCUGAGGAACACACACACACACACACACACACACACACACACACACACACACACACACACACACACACACACACACACACACAGUCAAACAAAUGAGAAUCUCAAACACAUCCAUACUACAUAUAUAUGACACACACAGCAGCAUUCACUUCUGCAUGCAUGAAAACAAACAUUUCUCUGACUUUUCCAGCAAUCUACUACAUUUCUCAGCUAACAGAGACACCAGUCAGUAAGCUGCCUCUCACGCCAAGAAGCACAGACAUUCACAACUCAUAAUAUGGGUUGCAUUCUUUGAAAGAACAACCAGCACAAGAAGCAUAAUUUCCACUGACAUCAGUCAGAAUUGGGCUGUUUUUUUGUUUACAAUUAUAAGCUAAUUAAAAUGUUGAAUUCCAAAAUGAAACACCAUAAAAAACAUAACAGAAUUUUAUACUCAGCAUUCAACAUUAUAUAGGCAGGUGUUUGCUGAAGCCAACACUGAUAUAAAUAUGACAUAAAAUUAUUAAAUUAGGGUUUUAUUGACUGAAGCUUUGAAAAUGUUUAGCAGAGAAAAGACAGCCACAAGACAGAGCAUGUUGGUGACACAAACUAGCAUUUAUAUAGUUUUGUUUUGUUGUAUCUUUUAAAAAGAAGGCCAUUUCUACACAAAAUGUCACCUGGUAUGGUAAACGUUAUGAUUUAAAAAGGCCUUAAAACGUGUUCUGAAUCGUUUCGGACAGUGUUUGACCUCUGUCACAGUUUGGAUUGAAAUCUGUGAAAUGAUCGCUCGUCAACAUUUUUAAUCAGAUCCACUUGGGCUUUGUCCUCACUAAAGUUUUUAAUCCUGCCAUGAUGUAGUAUUAGGAUGCCAUUGUCUAUACACAUUAAUGUGUUCUAGGGUGUGAAUGUGACCAAAUCAAGCGUUGUUUGGCCUUUUUUUUUAUUACGGUCUAAUAGUUGAAUUUUAAAUUCUGUAAAUCCUAGCUCACAUCCUGAGUUCACUGUUGACUACAUUCAGGCAACCAUGUUUCUAAUGUGUUACAACUAGUAGGUGCCGUUAUCUGACAAGUCAUAUGAAGAGUUUGUUGACAGUACUGUUUUCACCAACAGUUCAACCUUUUGCAAGUUUCAUUUAGCAUUACUGGAGCUCUUAAAUGCCCUUAUGCACUGAGUGACAUGUUCAAAGAGAAGGUUUGAUUUCAUAGGCUCCACUUCAUUGUCUCAGUGUAAACACCUAGAUGUAGCUAGAUUUUUUUAAUCUUAAAUCUGGAAAGUUGUUGACAAAGCUUUCCAUGACAAAUGAGGAAAUGCUGGUUUAUAUAUGAACCUCGCUGAUUGUGCCAAGAAAAAAUGUACAUUUUUGUACCGUUUUUAUGUGAAUCAGUUUAAAUGUUUGCAUGAGAAUAAUUAUUACUUUUGGUUAAAGUUAUUUGAAUAGUUAGUUGGUGAUCAUAAGACAGUUUGUAUAGUUCUUUGUUGUGUCAGAGAGCAUCCAGAACUCCACAGUGCCUACAUUUAAAGUUAAAGUGCUGUAAAAUGUGUCUCGUUCCUUCUCUUGCACAUACUGAAAAUAAUGGAAAAGCAGUUCUCGUUUUAGAAGUGCGUCUUGCGUUGUUAAGAGUUAGCUUGUUGAUGUGAUUGUGAUUGAGACAAACUAAGUGAUAGCAGUAGGUUAAAUGAAAUGCAAGAUAAGGAAAAGAUUGUGUGUGCAUAGGUGACCAAUGCAAAUACUCUCUAUGUUAAGCCUAAAUUCAGGAAGGUAUUGGAUUUGUCAGACUUCCUCAUACCAGCACCUCUGUUGACAGGUGGUGAUAAGAACGUAGCAAAAACAGGGCUUAGUUCAGUUGAUCCUUUUUUAUGCCAUAUAGUAUUUAUGUGAUACCUUGGCUUUUGGAAUCUGUUUUUCCUCACCAAACUCUUAAAUUAAAUUCUAUACCUUUGUUAACUUAGGUGAUCAUUUUCUUAUGGAUCAUACAGUAAAGUCAGUUGACUCCCCUCUUGUUUAUAACACUAUAUCAUUUAAAUUGCAAACCAGUGUCAAUAAUACAGUGAGCCAAUGUAACCACUUGAACAAAUGAUCUUGUUGUAAGUGUAGAGGAAACAUAUGAAAAGUUAAAACACCAAGGUAUCCCUUUCAAGUUGCUGUCCCACAAAUAUUACUGUUAUAUUGUCUUCUUGCACAUCUACCUCUUUUAUCUGUCGCUCACUCUUUAAAGUCAAAUCCACAUUUUUAUGAACCUGAAAAUGCUUCCAUCUUUAUGACUUCUGACAAAAGUAAAUGUUGUUGUUUCUCUGUAUUACUGGUUCAUAAGGCUGUGCAGGUUUGUCAGGAUUUUUUGUAAAGAUUACUGUGAUGAGGACUAAUUGUACAAACAAGGGAGGAACCGAACCAUUUCCUUCCAAUCAUACCCCAACCGAAUCUUCACAGAUACAACCAGCUGUUUGUAAAGGCUGAUGAACAAACUGCCUUUUAAUAUUUUUGAUUUGUAAAGAGGUUUUUGAAGAUUAUGGUGGUGGGGAUGGGGAUUCCAAUCAAUAUUUUUUUCACAGUUUAUGUUCAGUAAUGUGUCAGGUACAUUUGUGUCUUCCUUGUCGAUGAUGUGGGAGGUUCUUACAAUUAAAAGUUGUUUUGUACUUUG